GAGAAGCAGCACAUAUAACCGGCUCGUAGCGCUAUGACCUCGAAUAAUCGUUGCGCGUUUUAGGUUGCGCACGUCCUCGGUUUGUCGUAAAGUUUAACAGUCGUCAGUGUUCGUGUGCCGCGGUGAGCACUGGACGGACAUCUUGUAGUAGAAUUUAGCGGGGUGGUUAAAGACCGUGGGGUUCCCCGUUCGCGGUCGUGUGUCGUCGUCGUCGUCGUCGUCGUCGCCAUCGUCAUCGCGUCGUCGUCGUCGCCGUCGUCGUCACCUGGAUCCGUGUAUAACUGUGUCGCAUGGUAGAAGACAAUAAUAAGUUUUCGAGCAAGCAAUAAUAUCGAGUGGACGAAGAGAAGAGAGAGAUAGAGAAAGUGAGAGAGUCAAGGGGCGAUUGUAACGUCUGUUUCCCUGCAAUCACCGGGUUAGAGUGUGGAAUAAUACGAGCUGUUGGAAAAAAACGAUUUAAAGUGUAGUAUUAUAGAAACUUGAAUAUAAAUAAUAUAAAUAGUAGGAGAGAAAAUACGAAAAACUGAGAACGAAAUGUGGAUGAAAAUUUAAUUUUUUUGCACGAGUGCUGUGGCUCAGUGUUGUCGCGUUUUAAAAAGAAAAACGGUACCAAAACGUGCCCAAUAUCAAUACGUUCAUUCGAAAUAAAGAGAAAUUUCUCCCUCUCGUCAAAACCCCCGCAAAGCGUUUCGGCCCUGUUCGUUGAAACUCCCGCCCACCCUUUUUUCCCCGCCCCUGUGCUUCUCGUUCGUCUUCUCUAUCUUUGUUGCUCUCACUCUCUCUUUUCUACUACACCAAAACGUCAAGUAUAGAUUAAGAAUAUAUGAAAGCGUUCGCAGCAAGAGUGUGCAGUGCGGCAACGAUCGAAUUUGGGGUAUAAGACCCGAAUAAUAAAAGGGAGAAAAUAAAGAAGUGUGUGUGCGUGUGCAUGCGUGCGCGCGCUUGUGUGUGUGUGUGUGUGUGUGAGAGAGAGAGACAGAGAGAGAGAGAGAGAGAGAGUAAAAAAGCGAAUAGAGGAGAAUAACCGGAAGUAUUAACAGCUCCAGUUUGCGGAUCACAGUGGAAAGAGGUGGGGUAAAUAUAAAGUGAUAUAAAAGUAUAAGUGCUAUGGUAUUUAUUCGUGUCGUGUAAUUCGUAGUGAAUUCGUGUUUGCGCGUGUGAACAAAACCGAAACGAAGAAAUAAAAAAAAGAAAGAGUGCGUGGCAGAGCGUGCAUAAAGUGCGCGCGGCCGGUGUCAACCGCCGACGUUCCUACUCCCCCCCUCCCUACUCCCGCGCAAUCCCUCGCCCUGACCCGUCAAGAAACCUUUCCUAACCUGUACGAGCGAGGCCGAACAGCAUCAGCAUGACCUCAAAUAACUCCCAGAAACUCUCCACUACGGACCGAGUUAUUAAAAGUGUGCCAUUUCCACCGUCGCACAAGCUGACUGUGUCAGAGGUCUUCGACACACGGACAGGUCGACCACGGCCAGAUGUCCUCAAACAUCACUUUAUACUCGAGGGUAGAAUCGACGAGGCGGCCGCUCUUCGAAUUGUCAACGAUGGCGCUGUACUCCUACGCUCUGAAAAGACCAUGAUCGACAUCGAGGCACCCGUCACUGUAUGCGGUGAUAUUCACGGACAGUUCUACGACCUGAUGAAAUUAUUCGAGGUUGGUGGGCCACCACCAACAACAAAAUACCUCUUCCUCGGUGACUACGUAGACAGAGGUUACUUCAGUAUCGAGUGCGUAUUGUACCUGUGGGCAUUAAAACUCUGCCAUCCAACCACACUCUUUCUCCUCAGAGGUAAUCACGAGUGCCGACAUCUUACGGAGUAUUUCACGUUUAAACAAGAAUGCAAAAUAAAGUACUCGGAAAAAGUUUACGACGCUUGUAUGGACGCUUUUGACUGCUUACCACUGGCAGCUCUGAUGAACCAACAGUUUCUAUGUGUGCACGGUGGUCUUUCGCCAGAGAUUCACCAUUUAGACGAUAUACGAAAAUUGGACAGGUUCAAAGAGCCACCAGCUUUUGGACCGAUGUGCGAUCUCCUGUGGUCUGAUCCUCUCGAAGAUUUUGGAAUUGAGAAAAAUGCGGAACACUUUUCUCACAAUAGUGUCAGAGGUUGUUCAUAUUUUUACAGUUACGCAGCAUGCUGUGACUUCCUUCAGAACAACAGCCUUCUGAGUAUUAUUAGAGCGCACGAGGCGCAGGACGCCGGUUAUCGAAUGUACCGGAAAUCCCAGACAACGGGCUUCCCAUCGCUCAUCACAAUCUUUAGCGCUCCCAACUACCUCGACGUUUAUAACAACAAGGCCGCCGUGCUCAAGUACGAAAAUAAUGUGAUGAACAUCAGGCAAUUCAAUUGCUCCCCACAUCCUUACUGGUUACCCAAUUUUAUGGAUGUUUUCACGUGGUCUCUCCCAUUUGUAGGCGAAAAAGUUACGGAGAUGCUGGUCAACGUACUGAACAUUUGCUCGGAUGACGAGCUCAUGAGCGACGGUGACGAUGCCCUCGAGGAAGAUGUUGCAGCAAAAGUCGUUGUCCAAAAAAAAAAUGGUGCAGCAGCCAACCUCCGAAAAGAGGUAAUCAGGAACAAGAUCAGGGCGAUUGGAAAAAUGGCCCGCGUGUUCUCAGUGCUCAGAGAGGAGAGCGAGAGUGUUCUGCAGCUUAAGGGUCUCACGCCGACCGGUGCUUUGCCAUUGGGUGCUCUAUCGGGCGGUAAAACAUCUCUGAAGAACGCGCUUCAAGGCUUCUCGCCAAAUCACAAAAUCACAUCGUUCGCCGAGGCGAAAGGUCUGGACGCGAUAAACGAAAGAAUGCCACCUCGGAAGGACGCACCACCAACACCCGUGAACGAGGAAAAACCUGUUAUAAAAUCACCAGCUACCACGGGGGACAAGCGGGACCACUGUACAACCCAACCCCAUUCGUGAGCCACAUACAGAUCCAAACAAGGUGACUCGGACGGGGGAGUGUAGGUCCCUGGCAGGUCGCCACUCACCGCGUUACAACCAUUGCUCGUCUCCCCCCGAAAAUAACAAACAACAACAACAAAGAAAAAUGCAGCCGAAGAAGGAAAAGAAACACGUCAAGAAGAACCAUCGAGAGCUGAAGAAGAAAAAAAAUAAUGAAGAAUACGAGAUUUAAAAUGAAUGGGAAUAAGAAGGAACCGAAAGAAACGGAUACGGAUAGAACAAAAUUAUGGCGAGUACAACGGGUCAGGGAAAAUGUAACCAUCGCUUGACGCAACACUCUCUCCCUCUCUUUCUCUUUUCACCUCAUACAUCUUGUCUCAUCCAAAACGAAUAAUAUUUAAAAAAAAAAAAAAAAAAAAAACCCUCGUUUAAUGAAAUGCCAUACUAUAAUUAAGCUAUCUAAAUGAAGCAAACAGAAAACAAAGGGAAAAAUAUGAAAAACUCAAUGAUUGCGUCUUUUAAAAAUGUCUUGAAAAUCAUCAUUUUUUCAAUGACUUUUGCACAUCAUACGUCUGUGAACUGUUAAAGGGUGGCUUUCUCCUCCGGUGCAAGAGAUAUUGAUAAUAAUACUUUUUCGUUCUUCUCUUAUAAGAACGAGAAUCUUUUUGUUUUUUCAACUUAAUAAUAUAGAAAAAUUUCUAUUUACUACUCACCACCGGUCCAUCCAUCAAGUUUCGUGCAACCUCAAACAUGUUUGGUCGAGAUUAUGUUCGAGCGGGAGAACGAAAAAAAAAAAUUAAAUUUCACCAAACGACCGGAAACAAACCAAAAGUGAGAUCAAUAUACAUAUAUAUAUAUAUAUAUAUUAGGAUCCAAAUAAAAUCGAUUUUUUCGUGAGAUUUCAAAAAGCGAUAACUCUUGAAGUAUUUGUUACAAGUAAUAUUUGGAGAUCGCUCAAAUGACUUUUCCGUAUUUUUUUCCUACUCCGAAAAGAAUUUUUAUUGAAAAACAUUUCGAAUAAAAAUAAAACUUGGAGAAUAGAGAAUAAAGUUGACAAAUUAUUUUUGUCUCAUUGUCAGAAAACACACAUUUUUCGCAAUUUUCCCGUACGGCUUCAAGUUGAACAGCUGAAACAGCUGUUUGUGACAUGUUGUCAACUAAAAGUUAUGAGAUCACAGUUACAAUUAUUUCCGGCUGAAAACUGCUACUCUAUCUCGACCGUUCACACAGCUCCUUUAACGAACGCUAAAGACACGAACUAUAUUUAUUCUGUUUAUACAAAAUAGGUGAUUCUCAAUGAAUUAUGAAGAAAAAAACAUUUGCCCGAUAUGUGUUUGUUUUCUCAUAAUUUUCUCCAAAAAAGUAUGAAAAAGUGGUGAUUCGGACGAUUUCUACGAAAUUUGUUUGCAAAUUAAAAGUUUUUAUGAGUAACUUUUUUGCAUAUUCCAUCGUCCUUCGGUUCCCAUAAAAAUCGACAUUAUUUGUAUAAUACCGCAAUAUAUAAAAAUAUGAGUGUGUACCAGUUUAAGUAUGUGUGUAUUUAUGUGCAUGAAAACAUCUGAGAAACCGAGCCAAUUGAUGACCCAUUGGAGGGUUCAAAAGAAGCAAGAAAAAACUCGCGGAAUGCGAGUCACGCAGAUCGCGAUAAAAGAAAUGAAACAUUUGAAUUGGGCCCCGAAGCGAGCGAAAAAUCUAGCAUUUCUCGACUGUAAAUACUCACGCUACCACAGCAGGCUGUGGUCUAACGCUGACACUUGUAUCAAAUCUUAUCAUCGAAAACUAAAAUUUCAAACAGCAGAAGAAAACCAUCACGGUCUUAUUGUCAGAGGUUUCAUCGACAAUUGAAUCAAUAAUAAUUGUCGAAAUUAUCGUCUACCUUUUCUUCGCUCACGCAUAUAUGUAAUACGUAUACCUAUUUUUGAACCGGAAAAACCGCUGCUACCAGCAACGACAUGUGACUUGGAAGAAAAAAAAACAAAAAUCUUGUCGGAAUCACAUAUAAAGUGCCACGCGCUUACGAGCGUAAAUACACGAAAUAGCUGUGUAAACUAAAUCGAACUGUGAAAGAAAUGGAAAAAAAAAUCCAAUGAAAUCUAAUCUCAUAAAUAUAAUCGUCUAUCGACGAUAAUUCGAAGAAUUGACAGAUAAAAUAGACAGAAUUUAGAGAUGCGGCAGCAGCCUCUUUUGACGCCUAAUAUUGAAUGAAAAAAAAAAAUGUUGAUAAGGCAUGUCAAGACGUGCUGCAGCGAUCUAUACUCGAGACUGGCCGAUCAUCCCUGAUGACUUGUAGUAAAUUUACAAAUCUCAAGGAUUUUUUUAACUUGAUGGAAUAACUGAGGAAGGAUACCAAAUCGAUAUUCGACGUUUCAAAUAUCGUUACGAUUAUUUCGAGUCUACGAUUGUCUCUAUCUUGCCCAUGUAUCUAGCUUUUCGGUAUACAUUUCAUUUUGUCCAUAAUAAACAAGAAUUCGCGUCUUGCCACAGCGUACUUACCGAGUUUAAUGAUUCAAACUUUUCCUCUCUUUUCGUCCCCCUAUUUGGUAUUAGAGCUUUUUUCUGCUUGCCCAUUAUUAUCUGCAAUAUGUCAAUCUAGUCAAGUCUUCGUACGAUUGCAAAAUAAAAAUGAAAAGAAAUAAUCUUAACGGUGAAGAACGUUAAAAAAAUCCAGCGACUGAAGAGAAUCUCAAUAAAUCAAUAGAUACGAAUGACUCUUUAACUCGCGUAAAUAUCAUUAUUCGCCAGGACCAUUAUAUACGUUUUUGUUUGAAAUCGGGCCUCAUGAAAAAAAUUCAUGUAAAACUUACGUCAACUAUGAAAGAAUUUCAAGAAUUGUAUAAUCAUAAGAAAACACACAAAAUAUUUCUCAAUCCUGACACCAUAGGCGCUAGAUUCGCGAAAAAUGAAUAAGAACAAAAUGGGGGUUUGUUGUCCGAUGCUUACAACAAACAAAUAAUCACGAAUUUUACUCAAUAAUCGCAAGCGAAAUAAAAUUACGAAAGGGCUGAGACGUUAAAAUUACUUUUGCUCGAUAAGGAAACACGUAACGAAAUUACACACCCACAGGGGAGAGCGGGGGGAGACCGAACGUACGCGAAUUUCGUGCAAUAAAAAAAAUGAAACAAAACGAAACGAAUGGCGAACGUUCGAAACGAGCGACUGUUAUAAAGCGAGUGCGUACGGCACCCCUGAAACGAGCGACUUAUAUUAUAUAUAUAUACUGCACCAUCAUCUUGACGAAGAUUUUUCAGUAUAUUGGAAGAGAAGAGAGUGGAAUCUAACCAAAAAAAAUGAUAAAAAGGAAAAAAACAAUAACGAAAAACGAAAAAAAAAACAAAACAAAUAAUAACGAUAAUUGCGUUGAUCUACCCUAUGAUUUUUAAAUGUGUGUUCUUGCUAUUGAAAAUAAGUAAUUGGAGUGUUUGAGCGCUCGCAAGACCGCUGGCCAUUUCGUCUCAAGGACGGACGUUCGAAGCUUUUCCUGACAAAUGUUGAGAAUGAAAAAAAGCAGAAAAAAAAAUCAUCAGAAGAUCGACAAAUUUUCCAAAAAUAAAAAUCACGAACGGCUCUCGAACAUCGUACGAGUCUUGUAGUUAUAUAAAUAAAUUUAAAAAAAGAAGAGACGAAAACCCUCAACAUCCCGUUGAUGCUUAAUUAAUGGGAAGAGUAAAUGCGAAAUGUUCAAAGCCAGAAUAUAUAUAUAUAUAUAUAUAUAUAUAUUUAUCUCGGCACUCUGUCGAGAAAUUCAUCGUAUUAGCUAUAUUAAACCAUUAUUCCACUUUUUCAUCUUCAAGUUCAUGUGUGCCGAUCGUUUCGACGCUCGUGAAAUUAUUCGUGCGAUCAAGAAAACCAAUCUAUGCGAUCUUCUGAUAAAUAACGACAAAAGCUUCGUUCUCCGUACCAAUUGCAGUAAUACGCUGACGGUUGGAAAGAUAACACGGUUAUGGAGAAAAAAAAAACAUUAACGAUAAAUGAAUUAUUUAACGAAAAUUAUAUAAAUCGAAAAAAAAAAACAAAAAAAUCUCUCACUUUCUUUCUCUCUCUCUCUCUCUCUCUCUCUCUCUAUCUCUUUCUCCCUCUUCACUAUACGAUAAAUAAUAAUGAAAUAAUAACUCUAUCUCUCUUUGCUACCAAGUUGUACUUAUUCUUAAUUAAUUUACUUGUACAAACAACAACAAAAACAAUGUGUUAAAUAAUAAAUAUAAUAAAAGUAUAAAUAAUACAUAUUAUAUAUUAUAAAUAUAUACAUAUAUCAUAAAAUUGAUUAAAAUUACUAUUAUUAUUAUCAUUAUCAUUGUCAUUGCUAUGAUGAUUAAAAUUAUGAUUAUUGUUAUUAUUAUUAUGAUUGUUCUUGUUAUCGUCACUCAUUAAUAUCACACUUUAACGAAUUCGAAGAAAAAAAGCUAAAUAACAUUGGAAAAGAAUGAAUGCUGAAUAGGAGUCAGCUUCUGAGUCGAGAGCAAAGUGUGUAUGAAAAUGAGAGCAUUUGUGAUCGCCCUCCGUCAAACAGAAUAAAUACGUGAAGAAACGAAACACAAGUAUAAGAAUUUAAAGUGAAUAAACGUUUGAAAAUCACUCUGGUGUGAAAGUUUCGAGAAAUUCAAAAAAACCGUGAGAAUAAUACGAGAAAGCGAAGACGCAAGAAUGAAAGUAGACGAAAUCGCAAUUCUUUUUUCUCGAUAGUUCAUUUUAUCGUGUGUAAGGCCAAUUCAAGGAAACAUUUAAUAAAUUAAAUAUACCUAUGAUGAUACUAAUAAUAAAUUAGUAUACGUGAGCGACAUUUAAUUGAAUCUGGAGGGUAAACUCUGAAGGAGAAACAACGUUACACCGACAAAUUACCAUUGGUUUUUCGCGUUACGUUCGAUGCUCAAUGUUUUUCUUUUUUCUUUUUCUUGAAACGUGACGCUGUACUCUGCGAACGAAUAACAUUCGAGGUUAUUAAUUUUUCUUCAUUGUUCGUUUUGUAAUUUUUUACAUGCUUUCCAGACUCAAAUUACGUAUGCGCUAACGGCUACGCCCAUAAAUGCAUUGUUCAUUUAUUUCACGAAAACAAUGUAAAAACUGUCACAACUAUUCAACAAGACACUCGUAACCACACAAACAGCUUUUUCAACCAUUCUUUGAUGUACAAAUUUGUCUUUUCGGUGUGUUUUAUCCGUUUACGCCGAUCCUUAGAUUUAUUAAUAAGAAUUCUCUUAAUUAUUUUUCUCGACAUUUUCAAGAAAGCCAAGGUAGGGCAUUAAGCAUUAAGACCUUUGCGGAAGAGAAAGAACAGUAUAAUUUUUUCGCACUGUCGAAACCAUACGAUGUUUAUUGAAAAAAAAAAAAAAAAAAAAAAAAAAAAAAAAAAAAAAAAAAAUUGUGCACGAGAUUAGUUGGAAAUGACGUGUGAUACAGCCUUCAUUAUUUUUUGAUUGUUUCAAUGAAGCACGAAGUUGCUACGGAAAACUAUCAAUUCAUUCCUCAGGUGAUCCAUAAAACUUUGUAAAAUUAUUAUUUUCUUCUCGUUUCGAUAUUAACUUGAUACAAAUGAAAAUGAAAAACUUUUGUUACGGUAAAUUUCCUAACACAAUCUAAUUGCAAUCUUGAAAAAAUUGGAUGAAAUUAUCGCGUCAGUAAGAUAUCAUUUUUGAAAAUAUCCAUUUAAAAUCGUAGAAGCAAUGUCCCGAUAUCGUUCUUUUUUUUCAACAAGUAUAUAGGUGGUGGAUGGACACGCGUCUUUUAAAUUUUCAGAAAACAAAAGUCCAGUCGAAAAUCCCAAAAGAAAAAGGUUCGUUAAAAAUAUUGCAGCGAUCACCGUAAAGAAUACUCAGAUCGUAAUUCAAACAUUGUAUAAGAGGAUCCAUUUUUCUCGAAAUAAAACAAAUAUUAUAAAAAAAAAAUCA